CCGCCCGGUUGCUCUGGAGCCGGGUCUCGCGGCCGCCCGCCCGCCCGCCCGCUCUCCUCCUGCCAUGGGGAGCACCGAGAGCUGCGAGGCCCGCAGGGUGUCCUUCGGGAUGGACGAGGAGGAGCGGGUCCGGGUGCUGCAGGGCAUCCGGCUGUCUGAAAAUGUGGUUAACCGCAUGAAGGAUUCCAGCCAGCCUUGCAAAGCUGGGCAGUCAGCUCCCCCUCCUGCCCCUCCAUCUUCUACAUUUGGCAACUCUAAAGGCCCAGAGAAAGACUCCAGAGUGCCCAGGUCUGAGUAUAGUGGUGGCCAGAAGUCCUCAGGGGCGGAGGAGGAUUUCCUUAAGAGGUAUAAACAGGAGCAGGCCAAGGUCCAGGAUGAACUGUUCCAGGUGGUGACAAGGGAAAGAGAGGCAGCCACAAAGCACAGGAGUGCAUCCCUGCAGCGGGGAGAGGGCAGCGUUGACCAGGAGAAGCGGAAGUCAGCCCAGCUGGCCAGGGAGCUGGAGAGCCGGGAGGCAGAGCUGAGCCGCCGUGACACCUUCUACAAGGAGCAGCUGGGGCGCCUUGAGAAGAAGAAUGCCGAGAUGUAUAAACUGUCUUCACAGCAAUUCCAUGAGGCAGCUUCGAAAAUGGAGGGUACAAUAAAGCCCCGUAGGAUAGAGCCCGUGUGUUCAGGGCUGCAGGCACAGAUCCUCCACUGCUAUCGCGACCACCUCCAAGAAGUGCUCCUGUGCUCGGACCUGGUCAAGGCUUACCAGCACUGCGUGAGUGCUGCCCACAAGGGGUGAGGAACGGCCCUUAACCCUGGCCCUGGCAGUGACUUGGAGCCCUGAAGAAGGAACCAGUUAUGGGACCACAGUCUGCGGCCCUCUAGGCCACAACUACUUUCUCCUGGGUGCCUAUGGAUGCCUCUGUGCUUGGGGCUGCCAUGUGUUCAAGAAAUAGAAUAUGUGCUACUGUCCAAAAACAAAUAAAGCAGAUGUCUUUGUUUUCA